CAUUUAUGCGUCUGUGUGUGCGUCUGUGUCACAGUGUUUAUGUGCCGCAGUGUUUGUGUGUGUCAGUGUGUGUGCUUGUGUCACUGUAUGUGUGUGUCACGAUGUGUGUAUGUGUCACUGUACAUACGGUGUACUACGGUGUGUAAGACUUUGCUUGUGUCUAUGCCACAGUCUGUGUGUAUGUUUUAGUAAUUACAGUGUGUGUCACAGUGUGUAUGCGUGGCACUGUGUGUGUGUGUUGGUUGAAGAUUACCUACAAUAUAUCACUUACUGUAGUGGUUAUUGAUUAACUUUAAAAAGGAUUGUUAUGUUGACCUUGAACCCAGCUACCGCAUCAUUCCGCGGAACCUGCGUGACGUCAACAUCCGGGACACCUCGGUCACCGUGCUGGGCUCCAGGCUGGAUUUCCCAGUAGCCAUUGCGCCAACGGCUCUCCACAAACUCACUCAUCCAGAUGCAGAGGCGGCAACUUCAAAAGGCGCUGCCUCCAUGAACACCCUGAUGGUCCUGAGUUCCUGGUCGAGUCAGUCCUUAGAACAGGUGUCUGAGGCGGCUCCGCGGGGGGUCCGCUGGUUCUACAUGCUGUUCUACCGAGACCGAGACCGGAUGAAGCGGCUCCUGGAGCGGGCAGAACGGGCGGGGUACACCGCCAUAGUUCUCACCGUGGACCAACCUAUUUUCCCGUAUUCUAUUCGCCGCAAGCCUGUCGUCUUCCCAGUACAGUUCAGUUUACCAAACGUUUGGCUUGAUGACGACCAACCAGGCCCUCUCGGUUCCAAGGAGCACGGAGCGGGUCUGAUUAAGAUCGCAAAAGAGGCGGCAACAUGGGAAGACGUGGCGUGGAUCAAGAACAACACAAGGCUGCCAGUCGUGCUGAAAGGGAUUCUAUCAGCUGAAGACGCAAGAAUCGCAGUGGACCUGGGGGUUGCCGGUAUUUACGUGUCGAACCAUGGCGGCCGGCAGCAGGACGGGGUGCCGGCAACGAUCGACGUCCUUCCCGACAUCGUCAGCGCAGUAGGCGGUGAGGCGGAGGUUUACCUGGACGGAGGGGUCCGGACUGGGACGGACGUGCUGAAGGCCUUGGCGCUGGGGGCCAGAUGUGUGUUCAUCGGUAGGCCCGCUCUAUGGGGACUCGCACUGAAUGGUGCAGAAGGUGUUCAACAAGUUUUACAGAUCUUGAAGGAUGAACUGAGUCUAGCCAUGGCCAGAGCCGGCUGUGCGAAGAUCUCAGACAUCAAGUCGUCACUGGUCGUGCACGAGUCUUAUUACUUGUACCGACAGUUGUUCAACCAUUCUGGCAAGGUCAACAACAAGAUUCUGACAUCCAAAUAUUAG